CGUUUACAAUCGGCAAUCGACUGCGCACGCCGCACAGCUUAUGCCAUAAAUUGUUAUCUUAGUUUUAUUUGAUGUAAUUUGUAGACGAUCACUAUUAGUGUGUUAGUUGUCAAUAAGUUUUUGGUGGACGAUAUUGUGUCAAAUAACAUAAAAUGCGGCGACAAAAUAUUCAUUUAAUCGGUUCAACAAAAAAUCAAAUAUUAGGUAGCAAACUUCCUUCAUUAAGGGACUGCUUGAAAGUAUUAUUUUAUAAUAUGAGAUUCAUAAAUAUGACUCUAUCAGAAAGUUCCAAUUUGGUAAUCGAUGAAUGUAUAAUUUUCUGGAAAAAGGCCCGUAUCCCAACAAAAGAUAAAGCUGAUUGUGUGAAGAAUUUAAAAAAAAAAUACGAAUUAUGGCGCAAUCUUGAAAAGAGUAAACAUCGCGAAAAUGAAAGUUACAAAUCAAAAGUUCAAGAGUUUAAAGAAGAUUUGGAUAAACUAUUCGACAUAGCUCAUUCUAAUGCUUUAAAAUUAAUGAAAAUUGAGGUCGACAAAGCAUUUUUAAUUGCUCAGCGAAAUCCCGGUCGUCCAGGUUGCAUGUUAGGAGUAGAUAUGAAUCAAACAAAUAAAGAAAAAAGAAAAAAUGUAAGAAUAGAAACGGAAAUUGCAAAAAAAAAGAAAUACAAUUCUCAAAUUUCAGAAUCCGCCACAGUUGAGAUACCAACAUAUUAUUCAAGUUCAGAUGAAUCCGAAAAUGUUAGCGAGGAAAGUGAUGUUCAUUCAGAUAACCGUUGUCCUGGCCCAUCUGGAUCCAAAAGGGCCAAUAAAUCAAUAAUGACACCACGGCUUUGUGCAGCAUUAGAUAAGUGCAAGGUAAGUAAAUAUUGAUGUAGGUAAAUUAAUAUUAUAUAUUUAUGGUUUUGGUUACGCGACCUUAAAAAAAACGUUAUUAUGCAACACAUUAACAACUGUAUUUUAAGAUUUUGAUUCAAUAUUAUUGAGAUUAGGUCAGGUUAGGUCAGCCGUAAAAUAGUAUUUGGGACAUAUGUGUUAAACAUACAAAUUCAAUAUUAGUUUAAAACAAUUUUUCUAGAUAAACGUAUUGAAUUUAUAUUUUUUUAUAUUUUCAAGGUUAGUGAUCGGGAUGCUGUACAUUUAUUGUCAGCAUUUAUUGAAAGUGUUUCUUUGGACCCGGCUCUUUUUGUAAUCAACCGAACAUCUAUAAAAAAUGCACGACAAAGUGUUAGAGAAGAAAACGCGGAAAAUGUGCG